AUGGCUCAGAUCAACCCUCAGUUUCAGUCGAUCGGGGAGCAGUUCGUCCAGCACUAUUAUGGCACGUUCGAUGCUAACAGGUCUAAUCUGACUCCCCUGUAUGGAGAUACCUCUAUGUUGACAUUCGAGGGAGAACAGUUUCAGGGUGCGGCGAAUAUAGUACAGAAGCUGGUCAGUUUGCCAUUCCAAAAGGUCCAGCAUCAGGUUAUUAAGGCCGACUGUCAGCCGAAUCCUUCGAACAAUGGUGUAAUGGUGUUCGUGACUGGCAACCUGCUAGUUGAUGAUAACCAGAAUCCGCUCAAGUUCGGCCAGGUAUUUCACCUAGCACCGAGCCCUUCUGGUGGGAUCUACUGUCUCAACGAUAUGUUCCGUUUGAAUAUAGGGUAA